AUCUAAUUUGGGUGGGCCAGAAAACUCCUGAACCCGAUCCAUUUCCAUCGCCCUAAACGGCUUAACCUAAAACCCUUUGUCUCUCUCGUCCUCAAUAGUCUAUACUCUCUGUUUCCACAAAACGCAAAACCCUAAAGCAGCUCUCUCUCUUCAGGUUUAUUGAAUGGGGAUAUUUGAUAAAGAACCGGUUAUGUUUGAGGAGGAUGGAGAGGAAGAUCGCGAUGAGGAAGCAUCAGAAUUUGAAUCAGGGUCGGAAGAAGAUGAAGAUGUGAAAUUGACUGAACCUUCAAAGAACUCGAUAUACAACAGGGAUGGUCUCCUUGAUAAACUUGGAGAUAUUUGCUGGCCUGAAAAUGCGGGGUGGAUACACAGGCUUUCCAUCGAUGUUAACCAAGAGCAAGAGGUGGAUGUGAAUGAUGACCUGACACGAGAGGCUGCCUUCGUUAUGCAAGCAUUGGAGGGAACUAAGGAAGCCUUUGAGAAGCUUAAGUCAAUGAAGAUCAAUUGUUUCAGGCCCCCUGACUAUUAUGCUGAAAUGGUGAAGACAGACUCCCACAUGGAGAAAGUGAAAGGUAAGCUUUUGUCAGAGAAGAGGAAGAUUGAGGAGGCUGAGGAGAGAAGGAAGGCUAGGGAGUCCAAGAAACUAUCUAAAGAGAUUCAGGCCCAGAAGCAGAAAGAGAGAGCUAAGCAGAAAAAGGAAGAGAUAGAGUCUGUCAAGAAGUGGAGGAAGCAGAGGCAACAGAGUGGGUUUGCUGUGGGUGAAAAAGAUGCUGAUAUGAAUUUGCCCUUUGAAGAUGGGAAAACUUUUGAGAGGUCAAAUAAGAAAAGACCAGGUGUUGCUCCAGGAGAUCGUUCUGGAGGGAAGGCAAAACGAGGAGUUGGAAACCCAAAUAAACAGAAGAAAAGGGAAUUCAGAAAUUCGAAGUUUGGGUCUGGUGGGAGGAAAGGUCUGAAGAAGCAGAACACAGCAGAGACCACAGAUGAUAUAAGAAGCUUCAAUGGAGGCAAGGUUACUGGAAAUAAGAAAAGGAAGAGGUAAUAUACAACUUUGAUUUUUAUUGUAGGUUUGCUCUAAGAUUUCAGUUUUUCCGGGAGGGGCUUGUUGUAGCCUACAGAGCUCUAUUACUGAUUCUAAUAUAUAUGUAAACUUCAAUUUUGGGACCCUUUAGCCUUUGUUUUAAUGGUAUUUCUCUUCAAGUAGCAGUUUGCUUUCUGGUGUUCAA